AUGUACUGUAGGGUCCAAAGUUUGGCCAGUCAAGCAUCAUCUUUAGUUAAGAAGACAGUCAUAAAGAAUAUCAAACUAUUGUUUGUAUCAUUACUAGAUAUUGACUGCAAUUUCUUUCUUUGUUUAGGAAUAAAAUAUAACAUGGGAUUCCAGCAACCCAAAAAAGACUGCAUUGCCAGCACUAACCAGGACGGAAGGCUGUUAGGAGGCAGCAGUGCACACGGAGGGGCAGCAGUGGAGCAGAGCAGGUCCUUGCUCCUUCCCGGGAAGACGCCUGCCAAGCUCCAAAGCAGCCACGGCAGGCAGGGCAGCACCGCGCUGGGCACGCAAGGGCUGCAACAGAAAGGGGAGGAAAGCAAUUCCCUGCGGCUCCAUAAACGGAGGCGGAGAUUCGUAAUUAAGAAGAGCCCUAUUCUGAUUUCAAUGAACAGCUCCGCUCUCAGCCUGCCCACGCUCAAAGCCGAGGAUAGAAACAACAACAAGUGGAAAAGCCUCUAUCAGAUCCAAAGAGAAAGAAAGAGGAUAAUGAGGGAAACUUGCUCUAAAUACAAGAGUAACAGUAGAAGAAUAAUCACUCCUUAUCAUGUUUCUAGAAUAUUUGUAGAAGAUAAAUACAGAGUUUUAUACUGUGAAGUACCAAAAGCUGGCUGUUCUAACUGGAAACGGGUGCUCAUGGUUCUCAAUGGCCUGGCUUCUUCCACAAAAGAUAUCCAGCACAACACCGUGCACUAUGGAAACUACUUAAAAAAGCUGGACGGGUUUGAUCGCAAAGGGAUUUAUCACAGGCUCAACACUUACACAAAGAUGCUUUUUAUUCGUGAACCUUUUGAAAAGCUGGUGUCAGCAUUUCGGGACAAGUUUGAACAUCCAAACAACUACUAUCACCCCGUUUUUGGAAAAGCCAUCAUCUCCAGGUAUCGUGUCAAUGCCACCAAAGAAGCACUAAGGACAGGCUCUGGAGUCAAAUUUAAAGAGUUCAUCCAAUAUCUCCUUGAUGUGCACAGACCAGUGGGUAUGGACAUCCACUGGGAUCACGUCAACAGGCUUUGCAGCCCGUGUUUAAUAGACUACGACUUCAUCGGGAAAUUUGAAAGCAUGGAAGAAGAUGCAAACUUUUUCUUGCACUUAAUUGGUGCUCCACAGAAUUUGACUUUCCCUAAGUUUAAAGACAGGCACUCCAAUGAUGAAAGAACUACCACUAAAAUUACACAACAGUAUUUUGCACAGCUUUCUCCUUCUCAAAGACAACGCAGUUAUGAUUUUUAUUAUAUGGAUUAUUUGAUGUUUAACUACUCCAAACCUUUUGAAGAUUUAUACUGAUUUGAGAACAGGGACACUUCUGUGGACAUAUCCUUUGAAUUGCAUAGCAAAUGCUGGUGGCUUCUGUUUAUAUAUACACACACUUGUCUCUAGUGAACAACUGGUUGAAAAGCAACAUAGAAACACAGAACAUAAAUGGUUAGUGAUGUUUACAUCUUCACCUUAAUUGCCUCCUUUUUCAAAUCAUAUUUUUUCUAUAGUUUCUCUGUAUGAAAUGUAUGUACAUGUAUAAGCUCACACAUCAGGGUGCGCGCAAAUAAAG